AUGAGCGCGCAUAUACUACCAUUAGUUCUAUUACUAUCACACCUCCCUUGUCCUCACACCUCCCUUGUCCUCACACCUCCCUUGUCCUCACCUCACACCUCCCUUGUCCUCACCUCGCACCUCCCUUGUCCUCACCUCGCACCUCCCUUGUCCUCACCUCGCACCUCCCUUGUCCUCACCUCGCACCUCCCUUGUCCUCACCUCGCACCUCCCUUGUCCUCACACCUCCCUUGUCCUCACACCUCCCUUGUCCUCACCUCACACCUCCCUUGUCCUCACACCUCCCUUGUCCUCACCUCGCACCUCCCUUGUCCUCACACCUCCCUUGUCCUCACCUCGCACCUCCCUUGUCCUCACACCUCCCUUGUCCUCACACCUCCCUUGUCCUCACCUCGCACCUCCCUUGUCCUCACACCUCCCUUGUCCUCACCUCGCACCUCCCUUGUCCUCACACCUCCCUUGUCCUCACACCUCCCUUGUCCUCACCUCGCACCUCCCUUGUCCUCACACCUCCCUUGUCCUCACACCUCCCUUGUCCUCACCUCGCACCUCCCUUGUCCUCACACCUCCCUUGUCCUCACACCUCCCUUGUCCUCACCUCGCACCUCCCUUGUCCUCACACCUCCCUUGUCCUCACACCUCCCUUGUCCUCACACCUGCCUUGUCCUCACACCUCCCUUGUCCUCACCUCACACCUCCCUUGUCCUCACACCUCCCUUGUCCUCACACCUCCCUUGUCCUCACACCUCCCUUGUCCUCACCUCACACCUCCCUUGUCCUCACCUCGCACCUCCCUUGUCCUCACCUCGCACCUCCCUUGUCCUCACCUCGCACCUCCCUUGUCCUCACCUCGCACCUCCCUUGUCCUCACCUCGCACCUCCCUUGUCCUCACCUCGCACCUCCCUUGUCCUCACCUCGCAAUCCCUUGUCCUCACCUCGCACCUCCCUUGUCCUCACCUCGCACCUCCCUUGUCCUCACCUCGCACCUCCCUUGUCCUCACACCUCCCUUGUCCUCACACCUCCCUUGUCCUCACACCUCCCUUGUCCUCACACCUCCCUUGUCCUCACACCUCCCUUGUCCUCACCUCACACCUCCCUUGUCCUCACACCUCCCUUGUCCUCACACCUCCCUUGUCCUCACCUCGCACCUCCCUUGUCCUCACACCUCCCUUGUCCUCACACCUCCCUUGUCCUCACCUCGCACCUCCCUUGUCCUCACACCUCCCUUGUCCUCACACCUCCCUUGUCCUCACCUCGCACCUCCCUUGUCCUCACACCUCCCUUGUCCUCACACCUCCCUUGUCCUCACCUCGCACCUCCCUUGUCCUCACACCUCCCUUGUCCUCACACCUCCCUUGUCCUCACCUCGCACCUCCCUUGUCCUCACACCUCCCUUGUCCUCACACCUCCCUUGUCCUCACCUCGCACCUCCCUUGUCCUCACACCUCCCUUGUCCUCACACCUCCCUUGUCCUCACCUCGCACCUCCCUUGUCCUCACACCUCCCUUGUCCUCACACCUCCCUUGUCCUCACACCUGCCUUGUCCUCACACCUCCCUUGUCCUCACCUCACACCUCCCUUGUCCUCACACCUCCCUUGUCCUCACACCUCCCUUGUCCUCACACCUCCCUUGUCCUCACCUCACACCUCCCUUGUCCUCACCUCGCACCUCCCUUGUCCUCACCUCGCACCUCCCUUGUCCUCACCUCGCACCUCCCUUGUCCUCACCUCGCACCUCCCUUGUCCUCACCUCGCACCUCCCUUGUCCUCACCUCGCACCUCCCUUGUCCUCACCUCGCAAUCCCUUGUCCUCACCUCGCACCUCCCUUGUCCUCACCUCGCACCUCCCUUGUCCUCACCUCGCACCUCCCUUGUCCUCACACCUCCCUUGUCCUCACACCUCCCUUGUCCUCACACCUCCCUUGUCCUCACACCUCCCUUGUCCUCACACCUCCCUUGUCCUCACCUCACACCUCCCUUGUCCUCACACCUCCCUUGUCCUCACACCUCCCUUGUCCUCACACCUCCCUUGUCCUCACCUCACACCUCCCUUGUCCUCACCUCGCACCUCCCUUGUCCUCACCUCGCAUCUCCCUUGUCCUCACCUCGCACCUCCCUUGUCCUCACCUCGCACCUCCCUUGUCCUCACCUCGCACCUCCCUUGUCCUCACCUCGCACCUCCCUUGUCCUCACACCUCCCUUGUCCUCACACCUCCCUUGUCCUCACCUCACAUCUCCCUUGUCCUCGCACCUCCCUUGUCCUCACCUCGCACCUCCCUUGUCCUCACCUCGCACCUCCCUUGUCCUCACCUCGCACCUCCCUUGCUCUCGGCCUUCCCUUACCCUCGCCCGUCAAGUCUCUGCUACAACCUGCUGCACGCCAUUUUCUGAGGCAUCUCAUCUCAAACUCCCUCCUCCUCCCCUGUCGGAGUUACUCCCCUCUCCUUCCUCACUCAUCUCUUGCCCUUGCCUCUUCCCUGUCUUCUAUCCUCACCUUCUUCCCUUCCUUCUUAUUCUGGCCUUUCCCCACCUUGUGCUGUCCCCACUCCUGCUGCCUGCUCCCUUCUUCGUACACAGCCACUACCACAAGACGAGACGAGAGAACGGCAAUCUCUGCUACAACCUGCUGCACGCCAGCUUCACGCCAUGGCCCGCCACUUGUGAGGCGCCUCAAAAAGGCAUGUCCUCUCCCCCUCUCCCUCCCCUCCGCAGCAAUCUCUGCUACAACCUGCUGCACGCCAGCUUCACACCAUGGACGGCCACUCUCAUGCAAAUGCCGCAACUCAAGGAAAUGUGA